AUGGGCAAAAACCGCUGUCCGAAGAGCACCAUUGGAGAUGUUUUUGUGUCAAAAUACCAGGUCCUCGGAAAGCUUGGGUAUGGUGUGUCAUCUACCGUUUGGCUGGCUCGUGGUCUCCAAGCGCAUAAGCACGUCGCUCUUAAAAUUUAUAUUCGUGAUGGAGACCCACUAGAGGAAUUCAAAAUCUAUCAACAACUAAGCAAAGGCAAUCAUUCGCAUCCUGGCUAUUCCCACAUCAGAACCGCAUUGGAAACUUUCACAAUACCCCGCCCUGGUAGCGACGACCACACCUGCCUCGUACAAAAGCCCAUGUGGGAAAGUUUUAGAGAUCUUAGACAUCGGAUUCCACGCGGCCUUUUCACCGAGGUACUUCUUAAAGGCGCUCUCAAACAACUAUUCCUGGCACUAGACUACCUGCAUACAGAGUGUAAACUCGUUCAUACAGAUACCAAAGCCGACAACAUACUUUCCCAAAUAGAAGAUGAAUCUAUCCUUGAUGCUUUCACUACGGCGGAAAUGGAACAUCCCUCCCCACGAAAAUUGGUCAAUGGCGUAACAAUAUAUGCCUCGAGACAGCUGGAAGUUCCAAAAUUCUUCGGUGACUCCGUUCUGAGCGAUUUCGGUUCAGCAGUGCGAGGUGAUCUAAAAAGAAAUCACAAUGCGGGACCCCAGAUUUACAGGGCGUCUGAAGUCAUGGUAAAAGCCGCCUGGAGCUAUCCUGUCGAUAUAUGGAAUGUAGGUGUUAUGAUAUGGGAUUUAUUUGAAGGCAAGCACAUGUUUCAUGGCGACGAUCCUGACGGGAAAGGUUACUCUACUCGCGCGCAUCUAGCAGAGGCUAUUGGGAUGCUAGGUCCUCCUCCGCUAGAUCUACUUGAGAAGGGAGUACGGGCUUCUGAAUUUUUUGAUAAAGAAGGCAAAUGGAUAGCUGAGUUGCCCAUACCGCAAGGCAUGGAUUUGGAGAAAUCCGAGAUGCGUCUUGAGGGCAAGAACAAAGAAGCUUUUUUUGCAAAUGAUGCGUGGGAUGCUUCAAUGGCGUCCCGAAGACAGAAAAACGGCAAAACAGAUGCUUGA